GCAGGUAAAUGCCGGGCCUGCUGAAUGAAGGCGAGCAGAAGCACGUGGACAUCAGAGGUUCUGUCUAACUCAUGAUGCCGUCGUCCACGCAGAAGGGAGGACUGAAAGACCCAGAGCCGGCCAACCUCUUUUUCAAAGAUGACCCGGAAGAAGUCUUCUGCGACCUACACGAGAUCGGCCAUGGGAGUUUCGGAGCAGUGUACUUUGCCCGAAACUCUUUUUCCAACGAGGUGGUGGCCAUUAAGAAGAUGUCCUACAAUGGCAAGCAGACCACUGAGAAAUGGCAGGACAUCAUUAAAGAGGUGAAGUUUUUGGAACAGCUACGACACCCAAACACCAUUGAAUACAAAGGCUGCUACUUGAAGGACAACACAGCAUGGCUUGUGAUGGAGUAUUGUCUCGGCUCUGCUUCAGACUUGUUAGAGGUUCACAAGAAACCCCUCCAAGAGGUUGAAAUUGCUGCCAUUACCCACGGUGCCUUGCUAGGACUGGCUUACCUACAUUCCCAUAACAUGAUCCACAGAGACGUGAAGGCUGGUAAUAUCCUGCUGACAGAGCCCGGUCAGGUCAAACUGGCUGAUUUUGGCUCCGCUUCCAUUGCCUCUCCUGCCAACUCUUUUGUGGGAACCCCAUACUGGAUGGCUCCAGAAGUGAUUUUAGCUAUGGAUGAGGGUCAGUAUGAGGGGAAGGUGGACAUCUGGUCUCUGGGGAUCACUUGCAUAGAGCUGGCUGAACGUAAGCCUCCUCUCUUCAACAUGAACGCAAUGAGUGCCUUAUACCACAUCGCCCAAAACGACUCUCCCACCUUACAGUCCAAUGAGUGGUCGGAUGCAUUCCGGAGUUUCGUUGACUACUGCCUACUAAAAAUUGCUCAGGACAGACCCUCCUCAGCAGAACUCCUGCGGCAUGAGUUCGUGAGGAGAGAGCGUCCUCCACGGGUCCUCAUCGAUCUGAUCCAGAGGACGAAGGAUGCAGUCAGAGAGCUGGACAACCUGCAGUACCGUAAAAUGAAAAAAAUCCUCUACCAAGAGAAACACAACGGCCCAAUGGGGGAGUCUCAGGAAGAGGAGGAGGAUGGAGAUCAGGCAGGCUGUAAGAUGAACAGUUUGGGCAGUAAUCACUCCAUCCCCAGCACCUCCGUGAGCACUGGCAGUCAGAGCAGCAGCGUCAACAGCCUGCAGGAGGUGCAAGACGACUCCUGCUCCGAGCUGCACCACGACUACGACAGCACCCUCGAGUCUUCCACGCACCACAAAAAGGAUCAUCAGUUUAUCCGUGAUGACCUUCCUCAUCGGGACCACCGCUCGGACCUGCGACCGUCCUCAUCAGAAAGAGCUCAGGCUCAUAACUAUAAAAACCGUGAGCGCUUCACCACCAUCAAGUCUGCUUCACUGGUAACGCGUCAGAUCCACGAACACGAGCAGGAAAAUGAGCUCCGAGAGCAGAUGUCGGGGUACAAACGCAUGCGACGGCAACACCAGAAGCAGCUGAUUGCUCUGGAGAACAAGCUGAAGGCAGAGAUGGAUGAGCACAGACUGAAGCUCCAAAAAGAACUGGAAACCCAUGCCAACAAUGCCUUCAUUGAGCUGGAGAAACUUGCCAAGAAGCACGUCAUCCAAACAGACAAAGAAAUGAAAACACUGGCAGCUGAUGAGAAGAAGUUCCAGCAGCAAAUCAUGGUCCAGCAGAAGAAAGAGCUCACCAACUUCCUCGAUAACCAGAAGAAACAGUAUAAGCUGUGCAAGGAAAAGAUCAAAGAGGAAAUGAGUGAAGACCACAGCACGCCUAAGAAAGAGAAGCAGGAGAGGCUUUCCAAGCAUAAGGAGAACAUUCAGCAUUCUCAGGCUGAAGAGGAGGCUCAGCUUCUGGGUCAACAGAGGACUUUCUACGAUAGGAACUGCAGAGCCUUCAAACGCAAGAUCAUUAUCAAGAAGCACGAGUUUGAGCAGGAGCAGCUACGAGAGGAGUUGAAUAAGAAGAAGACCCAGAAGGAAAUGGAGCACGCUAUGUUGAUCAGGCAAGACGAGUCGACCCAAGAACUUGAGCACAGGCAGCUGAAGACCCUACAGAAACUUCGCAUGGAUCUGAUCCGACUGCAGCACCAAACGGAGCUGGAGAACCAGAUCGAAUACAACAACCGGAGAGAGAGAGAACUGCACCGGAAACAUGUGCUCGAACUACGGCAGCAGCCCAAGAACCUCAAGGCGAUGGAGCUCCAGAUAAAGAAGCAGUUCCAGGACACAUGUAAAGUCCAGACCAAACAGUACAAGGCCCUGCGGCAUCAUCAGCUAGAGGUGACCCCCAAAAGCGAGCAUAAGACGGUGCUAAAAGCCCUGAAGGACGAGCAAACGCGCAAACUGGCCAUCCUGGCUGAGCAGUACGAGCAGAGCAUCAACGAGAUGAUGGCAUCGCAGGCACUCCGUCUGGAUGAAGCUCAGGAGGCCGAGUGCCAGGCUCUGAGGCAGCAGCUGCAGCAGGAGAUGGAGUUACUCAAUGCGUACCAGAGCAAGAUCAAGAUUCAGACCGAGGCUCAGCACGAGCGCGAGCAACAGAAACUGGAGCAGAAAGUCUCACUGCGCCGAGCACACCUUGAACAGAAGAUUGAGGAGGAGCUGGCUUCUCUUCAGAAAGAGCGCACCGACCGAAUCAAGCACCUGCUGGACCGUCAGGAGAGAGAAAUCGACGCCUUCGAUAUGGAGAGCCUUCGUAUGGGUUUCAAUAACUUGGGUGCUUUGGACUAUCCUAAAGAUGACUACAGAUGAGACAGAACACUCCAGCAUCCUGCCUCUGUCCUGCUCGACCACUUCUCUGUUUUGUCGUUGUUUUUUUUGCAACAAAUCUGCUUUUUUCUACUGACGGUCCUGUCAGUCCUCUGGGCUGGUGCGGAUAACGUGCUGGAUUACGUGCUUUAGUUGUCUCUUUUUAUAUAUGAAUAUUAUACACGAGACGAUUAAAUCUGUCACAGUGUUGAUGUCGACGUUUUCUCGUGCAAUGAUAACACUUCCAGUGUAAUUAAAAUGAGAGAUUUCAAGACAAAAGCAAUAUGAAUGGGGGGUUUGUAUUGCUAAUUUUAAUCUAGAUGCACUUGUGCACAAUUUUUUAUUUUUGGCUAAUUUUUUUGAUAGGCUGUGUGAUUUA